UUGGCAUCCUCCCGUGGAGCUUCCCACUCGAAAUAUCUCGCGCUCGCGCUCGCAGAGACCGAACCGAAAGGCGUCCCGCGACCGCUCUCGCAGCUCGCGAGAGCUCACCGAGAAAGAACCUCAGCCGCUCCGUAGCCAUGGCGGCCACCCUUUUCCUCUCUCCUCCCGCAUUCACGAACAAGCCGCGCUUUCUCGCUUCUUCCUCCCCAAGCGCGACGAGUUCUCCUUCUCCUUCUUCUUCUUCUUCUUCCAGAGUAGUAAUGGGGGAGCAUCGCCCCACGAGAAGCCCGGACUCCUCCGUCUCCAUCGACCCCGGCUCGCGGCCGAGCGAUCCGGUCAGGAUGCCCACGGCCCCGUGGAUGAGAGGCCCUCUCCUCGUCCCGCCCCGCGAGGUCUUGGACCUCUCGAGGCCUCGGAGCGGCAACAGAGGCUCCGGCGAUCGGAAACCCGAGAAGUCGGAUCGAGCUCUCCUCGACCGGGCCAGUGGCGUCAGAGGAAACAAGGCGGUGCGGAUGAUCGUGCGGAGCAUCGAGAAGCUCGCGGGGAGGGGCGAGGCGGGCGGAGGAGGGGACGAAUCGGGGGAGGUCGAGUUCGGGCUCUGUCUGGGGCCGUUGAAGGCGGAGGAGAGGAAGGAGGGAGGAGCCCGGUCGGGUUUUGGCGGGAAAAUGCCGUGGGUGAGGGAAGGCGAGAAGGCGGUGUUCGGGAGGGCGAAGGCGGAGAAGGCGGCGGACGUGGCGGAACUGAGCCUCGAGAAGGAGUUGCUGGGGAGGCUGAGGAAGGAGGCCGCGAAGCUGCGGAAGUGGGUGAAGGUGAAGAAGAUUGGAGUGUCCCAGGCGGUUGUGGAUGAGAUUAAGUGGACUUGGAGGAGGAACGAGCUCGCCAUGGUGAAAUUCGACGUCCCUCUGUGCCGCAACAUGGACAGAGCUCAAGAAAUCCUCGAGAUGAAGACUGGCGGCUUGGUUAUUUGGAGGAAAAAAGACAUUCUUGUCUUAUACAGGGGAAUCCACUAUCCCUAUAAAGUCUUUCAGGAGAAGGACCACAUCCCAGCUAAUGGUCAAGAAAGACUUUCCUUUGUCUGCAUGCAGUCUAACCCUAAACAUGUCAUGUCUAUAACACCGUUGAAAGAUAAUCAACGUAUUCUGGAUGAGAAGAUGAAAGGAGAGGAUGGACAAAGGCAGUCUACUGCCAUCUCAAUAGACUAUAAAGCAUGUUCUGAGUCAAUCAAUGGUUCACUGUAUGAGAGGGAAACUGAUAGAUUGUUGGAUGGCUUGGGUCCUCGCUUUGUUGACUGGUGGAUGCACAAGCCAUUGCCUGUAGAUGCUGAUUUGCUUCCAGAAGUGGUACCUGGCUUUAGUCCCCCGCUAAGACUCUGUCCCCCAAAUGAACGGCCAAAGCUCACUGAUGAUGAGUUAACAUAUUUAAGGAAGCUUGCUCACCCAUUGCCAACUCAUUUUGUCCUUGGGAGAAACAGGAAAUUGCAAGGGUUAGCUGCUGCAAUUAUGAAAUUAUGGGAGAAGAGUCUUAUAGCCAAGAUUGCGGUGAAGUGGGGUGUACCUAACACUAACAAUGAGCAAAUGGCAGAUGAGCUCAAGUGUCUCACUGGAGGGAUUCUGCUGCUACGAAACAAGUUCUACAUUAUACUUCAUAGAGGCAAGGACUUUCUUCCUCAAACACUUACAAGUUCAAUAGUGAAGAGGGAAUUGGAGCUGAGAGAAUGCCAAGUUAUUGAGGAAGAUGCAAGAAUAAAGGCGUCUGAAAGAUUAGCUGCAGCAAAUGAGCCAUUGGCAAAGGCUUGCUCCAUGGGAACACUAUCAGAAUUCCUAAAAAUCCAGACAGAUUUUCAGGAGCAGAUAAGAGGAGUGGGGGAGGUCAAUAUCAGAGUGGUGGUGGAAAUAGAAAGACUAAAGAAGGAGCUACGACAGGAGCAGCACAAGCUUUUCAUUCUUAAAAGUAAGAUGAGCAAGUCAGCAAAACAGCUGUCAAAGUUGAAUUCUGGAUGGAGACCUGCCAAGGAGGACACAGACAAAGAGAUGAUGACAGAAGAGGAAAAAGAGUGUUUGAGGAAGAUAGGACUGAAAAUGGACGGUAGUUUAGUGCUGGGAAGGCGUGGUGUCUUUGAUGGUGUUAUUGAAGCAAUGCAUCAGCACUGGAAGCAUAGAGAAGUGGUCAAGGUCAUUUCUAUGCAGAGGGCAUAUCCACAGGUCAUGUGUACUGCAAAACUGCUCGAAGCAGAAACUGGUGGGAUUUUAGUUUCAGUUGACAAGCUGAAGCAUGGCCAUGGUAUAAUCAUAUACCGUGGCAAAAACUACAAGCGUCCUGUAAAGUUGUCAACAGAGCAUCUACUAACAAAAAGAAAAGCACUUCUGCGAUCUCUUGAAAUGCAGCGAUUUGGUUCACUGAAGUUUUUUGCAAAUCGAAAGCAACGGAAGAUCUCUGACUUGCAACUGAAACUGGCAGAACUAAAAGAUCAGCUGGGACAAUAAAGACAGAAUACGAUGAAGUUUGUAAAUCAUCAUAAAGGGCAUUUCUGUGGUUUUCAGUACACGAAAUGCACAAGGAUUCCUUUGUGGCAUGAAAUGAAUUAUGAAGGUUCUCAUCCAUCAUUUGGGAUUCCUUGUACAAUCUGGUUGCUUGACUUCUUUUGAGUGGAAGUGGAACUGAGGGCAGCAGAUUGCACAAACUCCAUGGUGCCUGAUUUUGUUACUUGGGACCUCCUAUGGCAGAGCUCAUUAUAUCGGGGUGAGCAUGCAACGACAAUGGUAUGGCUCUAACAUUUGCACUGGACUUCCCAUCUUUUUAUUGGACAUGCCAUCUAAAGCGCACUUUCAGAAUAAUCAAAAUCUGGGGAAAUUUUCUCUUUGGCCUCCUAAUUCAUGGCAAAUUUGGCACUUAAGACACUAAACUAGAGGGACAUUGCCAUAUUCUGGUAGAUUCACCAUAAAGUGCCUGCAGCCCCUCUGCAAGCAAUUCACUUUAUACAACUUUUCACUCUGAACUAUUAGCUUUUUAGCCUUUGCCCCUUGAACCCAUUAAGAAUUUACGGAACAUCUGAGAGAAAUUUCAGUGUAAUGAAUCAAAUACUUCACUUAAGGAAAGUGCCAUCUUUUCAAUUUCUUGGUUGAAAGAUGAGAGAUGUUGCGUGGCACAAAAUAUGUCUCAUAGAUGGAACUAAGAAAAAAUCUAGUGCUAAUGUGGGUUCUCUAAAAUUAUCGUUAUCUAGAUUCCAUUUGCUUUGAUAGGUCUAAUGACAUUUUAUAAUUGAAUAUUUUUGUUCCAUUUUGAAGUGUGGAUGGGGAAGCAAGUGUAAGUGACUGAAUAAAACUAAGAAUCCUAUCUACAACUAUGUCUCAUUUUCCAAUUUCCUGUACUUUGCUUUGCUCCAUGUUAAAUUGCAUUUAGAUCUAUGUGCGGCUCUGGACUUCAGGAAUAUGAAGGGCAUGCUUUUCGGAUUAAUCACCAGGGUUGGAUUGUUGGGUCUACAAGUACAGUGGAGCCUCUGAGCCUAGUGCUUCACUUGCCAGUUAAUAAGUCAUUCACUCCCGCUAACAUAAGGGCGGUUGGAAGGUUGUGAUCAAAUGGCAUUGACCCCUUCAGGUUUAUCUUUAAUUUAUCCUUUUAACCAUUCACAAUACAGAUAUAUACUGGAGCCUCAUCUCCCACGAUCACUAGAAUCUCUCUUUUCUCUGUUUCUUUUCCUUCUUGGUGAUUGUGGCAUUGCUAAGUGAACUUGCUCUCAUUGACAAGACAUCCUAAUGUCAAUCAAGCUGUAUAAACAGAGUUAUUCAAAUGGAAUUAAUAGCUUUCUCUAACUCCAACUGUUGAAAUGGGCGUUAAGAUAGUUGAUACUAUGGGUCUAUGAGGCUAUAGCCACUGCAUGCUAUGGUGUGGUGUUUUCUCCGUGUGAGGUAAUGGCUUCUUUCAUAUUCAGUUGUGGAGAAACUAGCGACAAGUAAUAGCACUUCCUUUGUGUAUCAGAAUCAGGUCGAUCUGUUUCAUGUACCAUCUCUCUGUCAGAUGUCAUUCGAAUUAAUCCCAAGGCAUCCAGCCAGGUGAACGAUAGCAGCUCCUGUUUACUAAUGGAUCUGCCGUUGAAUUGGGCAAAGAGAACCUAGAGAAAAAUCUGUGGUCAUUAGAAAAAUGAAACAGCUAACUGCUAAUUUCCUCGUUUUUCUUCCACUAAUAACUUUUGCUGUUGCGGAAGACACUUUUGGCCAGUUUAUAAGUAUACUUUCAGGAAAUACGUGUAAACUUGGUAGUUUUGCAUGCACAUUGUUUCUGAAUACAGUGCGUAUAACUCUAGCUUUCCCUC